AGUUGCAGCUGAGCUCAAGGAAAAGAAAGGAGAAGCCAUAACAGUCUCCUGUGAUGGUACAUGGCAGAGAAGGGGCUUCCAGAGCAAAAAUGGUGUGGUCACUCUUCUCACUGUGGAUGGGCCUAACUCAAAAGUUCUUGACACUGCAGUUCUCAGUAAUUAUUGCAACCCUUGUGCAAAACAUAAGAAGACUAAAACUGAGGCUGAGUUCCAGGCAUGGAAGCUUUCUCAUGCUCAGAAUUGUGAUAAAAAUCACACACUAGAAAUGUUCAGGCGAAGUGAGCAGCUGUAUGGUCUGCACUAUGUUUCUUUUCUUGGAGAUGGAGACAGUAAAUCAUACAAAUCAGUUGCAAAUGCAGAACCACCUGUGUAUACUGAUGUGGGUAUUACAAACUAG